CCCCACCCCCUCUGGAACAUCCGCUCUACCUGCUGUCUAGAGCUGUUGUGGUGACUUUGGCUUGUUCUUUAUUUCUCCCGCCACCUGGCGCAGUUAUCAUUCCUAAAUCUUCGGAACUUGAGUCCAGAGAGUAGGUUUCGUCCGUUAUUCUCGUUGCUGGGCAUCGGAGCGUGGACCGCCGUUUCCGGCCGGAGCCUGGGCGGUGCGGAGCGCCGCGAAACCUCCCGUCGUCCCUACGGGAUCGCGGAGAGCCGACUGUCUAGACCGAGCUGGGAUGAUGUCUAAAUUUUCCCCGGAGUGUAUUUCAGUGUUGGUGAAAUAGCUCAGAUCUCUCUAUUUAAAAAGUCAGGUCACAUCUCGAAGAAAUUGAUAAUUCAUGUUUUAGAAAGACUUUGAAGAUAUUGUCUCAAAAUGGGAUUCUCUCUUAGUAAAUCUGCUACUCAAGUAUCUGCUAUACACAAUGAUUCGAAAGUGGAGGAUCAUUUAAUUCGAAGGGCUGAGAAAAGCAGGUUAAGACCAGUGACUCAGUUAUUUCAAAAUACCAGAAAAAUAAGGUUAGAAGACAAAAUUCAAGGAGAAAACUUUACAGGCAAUGAAGAGACUGGCACAGAAUCUCAUUCAGGAAAAUCACUAAGUCCUGUGACCUAUGUUAAAGAAAGAGAUGGACUAGAAAUGAUAGAUGUGGAAUGAGGCUAUUUCUACAUUAUUAACAAACAAACCCCUUUGACUACUUGGUGAGUCAAACUGCCUAAUUUUAUUUGGUAAACUUGAAAAAAUGAAGAGUUUUACUACUUCUUAUUUGCUACUUUGACAGAAUAUACUGACUUUUUUUUUUUAAUAGCAAAGAGAUGACUAAAAGCUGCUUUGAGAAAAAAGCCUUCUGCUAGUCAAAACAGACAAAUCUGUAUUCUGCCUUUGUAAAAUACUGGGGUUUUGCAGUAAUGGUGUUUAAAUAUAUAAGAUCUACGAGUUUAGCAUCUAAUACACUCUAUCUUUCUCUCUUUUUCAUGACUCCUGAUUAUGAAAAUGAUGUUGUAUAGAAUUUUUAGUAAUAUUUAAGAUUAAUUGCUGAUGUGUUUUGUCUGUUGCCAAAAAAAUAGUUUAGACAGUUUCUAAGUAACAAAAUACCCAACUAGGUAAAUAUACUUGAUACAUUAAAAAUUAUAAUCUCCUUUCAGUGUUUUGCACAAUUUCAAGUACAUCUUUUGCCCAUGUACCAUUUCCUAUUUGAGCCCAUGAGCAUUGAAAUUUUAUGUUAGUUUCUUUACCCAUUCUCCAGUACUUGAGGAUGACAGUAAAGAAGGCUUACAAACUCCCCAAAAUGGAGCUAGAUAGUGUCUACAAAUGACUUGUAACAUUUUGAGUCCUGUAAUUAAAUCUCUUGAAGGUGAUUUUCCCAUGUUUAAUUCAUUAAACACUUAUUAAUUUUUUUUGUUUUCAAGUGAUACACUGAAAGGUAUUAAUAUGUUAAAUUUUUACCUUGAUGCUACUGUGAUUUUUGUACCAUCAAUAUGUGGUGUUUAAAUAAAAGAAAGAUUUUCAAGUGUAAAACAAAACAAAAAAA